AGUCCUACAGUUGGCUUUUUAUGAAUCAGACGUGAUUUGUUGUUUCGUGUGGAAAAGAAAAAUAGUUUUGGCGCGAAAGAAUAUUAAAACAAAAAAUAUAUCAGAAAACUCGUCGUGGCGUAAUUGAAAUAUUAAAAAAUUAAAAUUGAGGACGAGAAAAAAAUUGAUGUUGAUAAGCGUGAAAAAAAAAGUUUCAAGUGUGUUUAAAAAAUAAUUUUUUGAUAAAAAGAGAAAAAAAGAACUCGAAAAAUUGAAAUGGCAGUUCCAUUCUAUAUUCCCGAUGAUGACGAAUCAAAUGUGCCAAACUCAGAAUCUUCAGUCACAAUAAAUUCUCCAACAAGAUCAAUACCAAUCCCAAACAACAGCAAUCUGCCGACACCUCAGCAAUCAACGAUUGACAGUGAAGUGCUGGUGCAAGCAUUUUAUGAAGCUCUCUGUCGAUGUUCACAAGGAUCACCAAUGAGUCCACAAAUGUCGAUGCCAUCAAGUCCAAUGAAUCACGGACAAUUCUUCUUUCCACUCCACAUGAUGCCUUCACCAUCAACUUCAGCUUUCUCGUCACCUCGUCAUAGCUUCAGAGUACCACGUCGACGAUUGAAUUCACAUGGAAGCUACACACAAGACAGUGACGAUGCUGGAGACGAAGAUGAAAUUCAACAAGAUUUGAUUGAUUGGGAGAAUCAUUACCAGCAUCGCGAACAAUUGCAAGAGUUCACAGGACGAGUGCCACAACCGAAAAAGAAGAAAUCAAAAAGUGAAGAAAGCAACAGUAAGAAAUCUAACGAAAAGCCAAAAAACGACAAAAGCAAAAUCACCAACUUCGUUAUCAAUGCCUUGCAAUAUGUCAUCGAUAGUCUAAGAUAGAACUUUAAGUGUGUGUCAUUAAAAAUAAAGAAAAUAGGAAAAAAUCAUUUUUCAUUUUGAUCUCAUAAAAAUCGUAAUUGUUAAGAUCUCAAUUUAUAAAUCAAAUAUUCGCCACCACACUCACGUCUCUUCAUCAUAAGCAUAAUUGUGAUAAAUUUGUAUAUGAUUUGUAACCCAAUUCUCCUCUUAUUCAAUUGGAAGAUUAUUUUGAAAUUAUAUGCAAAUGCAAUCAGUUUUGCAAUUUUUAUUAUAAUUUUUUACUUUUAGAAUUGUAAAUUUUUUACUUUGAGCAAAUAAAAAGAAAAAAAAAUUCAAUCAUAAUAAAGAAAA